AUGCCUGGAAAAGUCGAGACAACGGCAGGAUCAUCGAAAUACAUCGGUGCAUUACCGGAUAUGCCAGUCGAAGCUUUGAUCUCUUUUGGUCCGCCAAACAAUUGUGGUAAUGCGCCAUCCAUUCGAUUUUUUCUUGCCAAAUACCAAGCAUUUCCAUGCUCAUUGUAUUGUGCUGGCGACGAUUCAAGUGCUCUGUUACAUAUGACGUCUCUGGUCAAUUAUAUUCAAGACGAAUUAAAACAUGAUCUGUCAACGGAUCGUAUUUCAAGGAAUUACAAUCAGAAAAUGAAAGAUUUUUAUAUCGAUUCGCGUGUAUGUGAUCUUGGUAAUGGAAUCAUGAUUGAAUUAUCAGAUGGUUAUUUUAUCUCCGAUGUUCAAAAUCCAAACAAACUUAAGCCAGACUAUUCAGAUGAUUAUUUUUUGGCGGCAUCACAAGUGCAGAUCUUUUAUCUACCUGAACAUGAUGAAUUUGUCAAAGAUUUAGGAAAAAUUUUCUCGAAAAUGACCAUAUACACAUCCAAAUCAUGCACAUUGAAUAUGGUCUGUCGAAAUCAACAUGGAUACUAUCUUAGUAGUAUUGAUAUCAAGAAACCAUUAAUUACAGAUCUUGCACUUCAUUACGGGAAAGGAUUUGUUAGAACACAUGAUAAAAUCAUUAAGAAUUUGAACAGAAAAGAAGGAAAAGGAAUUGUCCUUCUACACGGUAUUCCGGGUUCAGGUAAAACACAUUAUAUUCGGUAUUUAAUUCAUGAGAUUCAAGAAAAAACCUUGGUCUAUGUUCCACCCGAUAUGGCUAAAGAAAUCUCAUCACCUGAAUUUCUUCCGUUCCUCAUGCAGUACCAAAAUUCAAUUUUGAUCAUCGAAGAUGCUGAAAACAUCAUCAAGGAUCGAAAUGAAACUUUAAUACCAUCACAAGCUGUUGCGAAUCUUCUUAACUUAUCUGACGGGCUAUUAGGCGAUGCUAUGCAUCAACAAAUCAUCGCUACUUUCAAUUGCGAUUUAACAACAAUCGAUCCUGCAUUAUUGCGUAAAGGACGAUUGAUUGCCAAUUAUGAAUUUAACAAAUUAGACUUAGAAAGUUCGAAAAUUCUCUCAGAUAAAUUGGGAUUCGGUACUGAAAACGUCUCCGAACCAAUGACAUUAGCCGAAAUCUACAACCAAGGUGAAAAACCUGAAGAUGAAGACGACGACCCAAUGGUUCAUACUUCGAAUGGCACUACUGCAGAAUCUACCACUGAAAAACAAUAA